CCCAUGUCUUAUCCGCUAUCAGCAAGCAAACAAGACAAACUCUGGAUUUCUUGCUCACUUCCUCGCCAUUACGACGUCACCUUUUUAUGUCUCAUGUCAAACGAAUCGUCCCUCCCACUUUUCUAGUCGCUCAACACUCACACUCCACACCUUCACACCAACCUACUUGUCGCUACAACUAUGGUGGCCAUUGGCGGGAAGAAAAUGGGUGAGCUUGCUGGAAGGAUCGGCGGCAAUGGCGUCGGCCAAAUUCUGGUUGCUGUUGCUGCUGCUCUCUUUGUCCGAUUAUUUUCUGGACCUGGUCCUGCGUUGUUGCCGGAGGAUGGUGUCGACGACGACAAUUAUGAGUAUGAUGAUGCGGAUGAAACGCCGAUUGACGGGAAAGUGUUUCCGGUUACCAUUCGUUGGAGGAAUAUCACAUGUUCGCUCUCCGAUGCCAAGUCUAAAUCAGUAAGGUUCCUGUUGAAUGAUGUUUGUGGGGAAGCUAAACCUGGAAGGUUGCUGGCAAUAAUGGGGCCAUCAGGUUCAGGGAAGACGACACUACUUAACGUUCUAGCUGGUCAACUUACAGCGUCAUCCAGGUUAAGGUUGUCAGGUCAUUUGGAGGUCAAUGGACAGCACACACCCAAAAAAUCUUACAAGUCUGCUUUUAUCAGGCAGGAGGAUCUCUUUUUCUCGCAGAUGACAGUGCGCGAAACACUUUCUUUUGCUGCAGAACUCCAGCUUCCACAGAUAUCAUCAGUAGAAGCAAGGGAUGAUUAUGUUAAUGAUCUUUUGCGUAAAUUGGGCUUGGUCAGUUGUGCAGAUUCAAUUGUUGGUGAUGCAAAAGUGCGUGGUAUCAGUGGGGGUGAAAAGAAACGUUUGUCUCUGGCAUGUGAACUAAUUGCUAGUCCUUCAGUAAUAUUUGCAGAUGAACCGACAACUGGGCUUGACGCCUUCCAGGCUGAAAAAGUAAUGGAAACACUCAGUCAACUUGCACAGGAUGGUCAUACUGUUAUCUGCUCAAUACACCAACCUAGGGGAUCAAUAUAUUACAAAUUCGAUGACAUUAUCUUGCUGGCCGAAGGUUCUCUUGUUUAUUCUGGACUUGCUAGGGAUGAGCCAUUAUCGUACUUUGCAAAUCUUGGGUAUCCAUGCCCAGAUCAUGUCAAUCCUGCUGAAUUUUUGGCUGAUCUCAUAUCUAUUGAUUAUAGUUCAUCUGAAAGCAUUAACAGAUCUCAGAAAAAGAUAAAUGGUCUUGUUGAGGCUUUUUCACAAUCAACUGCCUCGGUUAUUUAUGCAUCUCCUCUCGUCAAUGAAGAUAAAUUACUCAAAGAAAUGAAGUUUAGAGGAAGACCAUAUGCUAAGAGAGGGGGUUGGUGGAGGGAAUUCUCGUUGCUUCUGAGACGUGCGUGGAUGCAGGCUUCUCGAGAUGGGCCAACAAAUAAGGUACGGGCUAGAAUGUCAAUUGCAUCAGCAAUGAUAUUUGGUUCAAUCUUCUGGAGGAUGGGCAGAUCUCAGACAUCUAUUCAGGACAGAAUGGGGUUACUGCAGGUUGCUGCUAUAAAUACUGCAAUGGCUGCUUUGACGAAGACUAUUGGUGUGUUUCCAAAGGAGCGUGCAAUUGUGGAUAGGGAGAGGGCAAAAGGGUCUUAUUCUUUGGGUCCAUAUUUAGCCUCUAAGCUGCUGGCUGAAAUACCAGUUGGAGCCGCAUUUCCGUUAUUGUUUGGCACCAUUUUAUAUCCUAUGUCUCGUUUGCAUCCCACUUUGUCCAGAUUCGGGAAGUUCUGUGGGAUUGUGACUGUUGAGUCAUUUGCUGCAUCUGCUAUGGGUCUAACUGUGGGAGCCAUGGUACCAAGCACUGAAGCAGCAAUGGCAGUUGGCCCAUCCCUUAUGACUGUCUUCAUUGUAUUUGGAGGAUCCUAUGUCAAUGUAGACAACACACCUAUAGUUUUCCGCUGGAUUCCUCGUGUGUCCCUAAUAAGAUGGGCUUUUCAAGGAUUAUGUAUCAAUGAAUUUAGAGGUCUGCAAUUUGACCAUCAACAUCCGUUUGAUCUGCAAACUGGAGAACAGGCAUUGGAAAGGCUAUCGUUUGCUGGCAGUCAAAUUAAAGAAACGGUGGUGGCACAAAGCAGAAUAUUAUUGUUUUGGUAUUGCACUACAUACUUCUUACUAGAGAAGAAUAAACCCAAGUACCAGAUGCUCGAGGCUCCUUUAGAGGAUCAAGUGUCACCAUAUGAGACUGCGGAGGAGAAAGAAGAGCCUCUUGCUGACCAGGUUGACGGAAAAGAGUUGCUUGAACCUCAGAAGGAUCAAAUUUUACCAUUUAUCUUGGAAGGUGCCAAGUAAAGAGGAGAUACUUGUACACUAAAGGAGGCCCUCAUGCUUGCACUGAUCAGAGAAGAUAACUUGAUAAACAAGAUGUGCUCCACAUUAUAACGUGGAACGAUAAUUAUUAUAUGUAAAACUAAUCCGUAGGAAAUUGUUAGAUCGCUGAAUUUGGAUCAAUGCUUGAAUUGUUUAGUUAAUUGUGAUACCUUAUCAGCAGCGUGAUAGUUCUUUUUCAAAUUGGAGUAACGCUGGUCCCUAUACGCAAGCAGAAAGUCAUAAUUAAAUCUUUGAGAAUAUCGAAUUCUUUAAGAGAAAAAGGAUCAUUUUCAAUCACUAGGGCCUAAAGCUAAUCAA